AUGACUGUCGAAUCCGAUACACAGGUGGCCAUCGUCAUAUGUACGGGAUCAUACCACACUCCCGUUUUAUAUCAACCUUUUAUGCAGGCUUUGAUCUCCAACGGAUUUGAGGCUCACUGUCCUCAGAGAUUAACCUGCGAUCUGAGUAAGCUCAACGUCGGAGACGUCCGAAAUCCAGAUUUCGACCGGGGUCCACCUCCAGAGGGAUACCCAACCGACCUGGACGAUGCCGUAGUCGUGAGACAGUUACUGCACAAGCUCAUUGACCAGGAGAACAAAAAUGUCCUCUUGUUUGGUCAUGCUACGGGUGCGGUGGUCGCCACCCAAGCCGCAAUCCCCGAGCUGCAUUACCGAAACCGUCAAUCUCAAAACCAGAAGGGUGGAGUUAUUGGCAUUUUCUAUGUGGGAGGAAUGGUGGUUCCUCUUGGCGAGUCGGUUCACACUUUCUUCCACCCCAAAGAUGGAAGUUGGACCCCCCCGCCAUUUGUGCGAUUCUACAAACAUGGCAAAGAAGGCCUAGCAACCCCAACGGAAAACCAGAAAUACCUUCUUGUUGGAUUGAAUGCCGAAGAGGUUCAGAAAUGGUCAUCAGAAAUGACCGCCUCGCCAGUCAAUACUGGUGUUUUGACAAACGAUAUUUAUUCUACCUUGCCAUGUGGCUAUCUGGUCCUCGACCAUGAUACUUGCUUGCCCCCGGCAUAUCAAGAAAAGAUGAUCUCGAUGCAGAGCCGGCCUGGCAACGAAUUCAGGGUCUACCAUGCGCCGUCGGGCCAAUCGCCACAGCUGACCUGGAUAGAAGGCUUAGUUGGAAAGGUGAUGGAAUUCACGCAGCACAUUCAAAGUCUCCAGUAA